AUGCCGGCUAAACAAGGCUCCCUGUUUGAGUGGAUUGCCAAGCUCAAUGAUACCCUCUUCAUUCAACCCAACGAUGAAAUCGCUAUCAAGGCUAUAGACCAACAGGUUGACCCAAGCCUUGUCACCAAGAUUAAUCACAAUGUGUACACCUACGAGCAGUUCAAAGGAGGUCUCCUCUACGUCCGUGGUUCGACUACAGCUGUCCAAGACGAAUUCAGUGAGAUCCUCACAUGGGAGGAUCGAGAGAAGGGAGAUGGUGUUGUUGCUGUUUUGAGUAAAUGGAGAACCAAGCAUAAAGAAACAGGCGAGGAGACGAAGAAGACGAAUGUGAUUCUCUGGGAAGUCAAGUUGAUUGAUGGGAAGCGAAGGCUUACCGGACAGACUGAGGUUGAGGCAAUCUAG